CUCCGGGGAGGGGAGUGGCUGUCAGUAACUCAGGGAUAAAUAGAGAGGCAGAGCUCAGAGUUUGACAGAAGGCUGACCUGACAGGAUCAAGCACAGGACCAAGCAGGAGCAGGACCUCAGCAUUUUUAGUUUUUAUUACAAAUGGAGGAACACAAAGAUGAUCAAUAUUGUUUUCAAGACAGAAACUCUUCUUGCAGAAAGGAUUUGCUAUCGAUAUCUAUCUACAUAACACUGUACAUCUUCUUCUCAUUGAUUUCAGCAGUUACAGUAUUUUUGAACAUACUGGUGAUCAUCUCCAUCUCUCACUUCAAGCAGCUCCACACUCAAACCAACCUGCUCAUCCUCUCUCUGGCUGCAUCAGAUCUCUUGGUGGGACUGAUUGUGAUACCAGUAAUGACUGUAGCAAUAAUUGAACCAUGUUGGGUUUUUGGGGAAUAUUUCUGUGUGUUUCUUCUCUACAUUAAUUGUUUGUGUACUUCUUUAUCUCUGGGCAGUUUGGUCUUGAUAUCUAUUGACCGCUAUGUUGCUGUGUGUGAUCCCUUAUUGUACCACUCUAAAAUAACAAUAACAAGAGUGAUGUGUUGUAUGUCCAUUACCUGGUGUUGUUGUAUCAUAUACGAUGCUGCUAUUAUAAAAGACAUUGUAAAUGUACAGGUACCCAGUAGGUGUUUGAAUGAAUGUUUUACUGGUGAAGGAUAUAUGUGGGGCAAUAUAAUUGACUUCAUAAUUACAAUGGUUGUCCCGUGCUCUAUUAUCAUAACACUUUAUAUGAAAAUCUUUGUGGUGGCCACAUCACAGGCCAGAAAGGUAUUUUCAAAAGAGGCCAGUGUGUCUGGUGUUAAAACUGUACAGGCAAAUAAGUCUGAGAGAAAAGCAGCAAAAACUCUAUCUAUUGUUGUUUUCACCUAUCUAAGUUGUUGGAUUCCAUUUCUAUUUUCUUUUUUGUUUUUUUCUUUCUUAAGUGACAAUUUAUUAUCAUUCAUCAUCAGCUUUCUGCCACUUGCUAAUUCCUUAAUUAAUCCAAUAAUUUAUGCUUUAUUUUAUCCAUGGUUCAAAGUGACGGCUAAACAUAUUUUAUCUCUGAAGUUAAGGCGUUCAUAGUACCUAUAUUUUUAUUUCCCAGUUUGAAAAACAUAGUUAUGUUACACAAUUGGUCUCUGACAAUACAGAGAUGAAUGUGGUGUUGAUACAGAAUGAUUUGUCUAGAUUGGAUUGGAAUGACUUGGAAAACGUAUAAGAAGCCAUAAGCUUGUUUUAUAAAAUACAUUGUAGUCAUUUUGGGUUGUACAUUCCAAAAACCAACGUCUGUUGUUGUUCCAUGUUAUUUAAUGAUAAGUUGUAUGUAAGUAUUCUAAAAGUACAUUUUGAGAACGAGUCAUUAUGUAUGUUUAACAUCACCCCCUAGUGGCUCGAUUGUUACA